CUAAGGCUCACAAAUUCCUCUAGAGGACAUACGUUGUACCUGCUGCGAUAUUUCUAUACGAUAAAUGCUGACCUUUACUUGAACUGGGUGGAAACAAAGUUAGAGGGAUAGGUACAAUAUCAAACUGAAGCCCAUAGGGCUGCGUAUGUCUAAAGAUAUAGUCGAAAAUCACAAAGAUCGCAUUAGGAAACAUAUCCACUUGUAUGUCAAUUUGGUAGAAAAAAAAACGUUGCUUAGACAUACUUCCGUAGAAGAAGCUAAAAUGUACAUAAAAGAUCUUUUACCAGCAAAGCCUCAAUGGUUUUGGAACAAUGAUUUCUGUACAAAAUACAAAUUUCUUCUUGAUGUAAUUCCCUUAGAAGAAAGAUACAACUUUGUGAAAUCUAUUUUCUCUGAGAAAUAUCGCAAUCAACAUUUUGAAAUGACCAGUAAUUUUAACACCUAUAAGUACUAUAAUAUAAUGACUGUCAAACAAAGAGAGUCAUGGGCACUACGUUAUCUCGCCAAUCAACCGGAACCAGAUUACGAAUAUUAUAGAUUCGUAACGUACAACAAAGCUUUUGUUGAAAUAAAGAAACUAAUAUUUAUAACGCCCGACGCGGAGAUAAGAUCCGGGAUGGUCAAUGUUUUAGUAGAAUCUGCACGAAAUCAAAGCAAUUUAGAAGAUCUUCUCAAAUAUUACUACGAAAGACAUAUAAACGAGAACAGAUACAGAAAAGACAGUUUUUUAAAUAAAGUUAUUAACAUACACAACGUGUUUGAAUUCGGCGAAAGUUGCUGGAAUGCGUUUGAAAAAAUACUUAACAGUCUCGAUAUUUAUAAUCCUGAUACCUACUAUCAAAACUGGACGUAUCUACAAAUUUCUUUAGUUUACCACAUUGCCAACGACAAAGAAUUAACGGAAAGUUUAAAAAAGUUUGCUUAUUCAAAUGAUUUUGGUAAUUAUUGGUUUAGAUCGUUAUUAGCGAUUAUAAAAAACAAGUUGAAUGAAGAGAAAAUGGACGUUGUCUAUCGGUAUUUACAAGACGUACAGCUAGAUAAACUGAAAGAACUAGAAGAUAAUAAGCAGGACACGUCAGUAGAAGAUCGUGCAGCAGACAUUGUCCGUGUUUACGAUGAAAUAAAAGCAACUCGCAAAUUACCGAAAGAUGAACCUGAAAUCGUAACAAGAUUUAAACUAUUACUCCACGACGGUGAAAAUAUUAAAGAAAUUAUGUAUUUAAAUGAGGCAGAUUUGCUAAAAUUUUUAAAACAAGACCCGUCAUUGAUAACGAGCAAUCUUGAAAAAAUUAAGUACAACAUCAGUAACACAUAUGACUUUAAACCGAACAAGUUCUUGAAAAAGUUGAAAAUAUACUUUCCAAAUGACCUAGCGCAAGAGUACUUAAAAUUUCUGACGGCGUUACUGUCGGAUGCUGAUCCACGAAGCGACGAUAUCAAACCGGCGGUGUUCGGCAUAUUUCAAUUAGCAGACGAACCAUACAAAUCGGAGUUUAUGGCGAAACACGCUCCUGCACAUGCGAAAAUUGAUCGUGGUAACAUAGAAAGAAAGCUGUUGCAUAUACAAGAGUCCAUAUGUCGCUUUGCAGGCUACUCUCGGCCGGCAGUGCCUCUUGCUGAUAUACUACAAUACAUAAAAGGUAACUACAUCCAUUACUGUUUACCAAUUUUCAACAUGUACCUAGCCAACCUUCCGUUACCAAAGUUUUUCAAGUUUGUGGAAGCACUGCUAGAUUCGGCCGUGUCCGUGCAAAAACACGCUCUCCGGUUGGCCUUCCAUUGUUUCAAUGCUGCAGAUUUGAAAAUUCUUAUAAUGAAAAUUUGGAAAACAACUAAAAAUAUAACAAUACGCUCGGUCAUUUAUACUUCUCUGCUCCAAGACAUUGAGACGAAACGUAAUGAUAAAGCUAGACAAGCCGGAAUGUUUGAACUUCUACUGACUUUGACUUUAGAUAUAAACAAAGAUGAUCACUCGGAGAUUAUAACUAUAUUAACUAGUUUUUAUAGAAUACCCAAUAUUGCAACAUUCCGUGGUCGCUAUAUUGAAACUGCAUGGAGAACCGUUUCCAAGUUUCCAAACGAAGGCGCAGUGAACCUCGAAAGAAGGGCGCUAGUAUUGCGUAACUUGAAAUUGUACGUAGAAGUAAUUGAUAAGAAAAUGAUUCGAGAAAUUGUUGAUGAGUAUUUUCAUACGGUCUUGACUAAAGACUACAUAGCACAUACUUUGGCUGAAGUCAUGUUUGAAGGGCAACAGAAUAGUAGACAUUUAUUCAGUGAUUUGAAUCAAGCGAAAUUUGAACUUGCAGUUGCAUUUAUUGUCAAGUUCAGUGACGAAGAGGACUACUGCGCAGAAUAUGUGAAUUUUGUCUUGAACAAGUGUUUGGAGUUAUGGGAUGAAACAUAUGGCGAUACGUAUAUCUUUCGUGAUUAUUGCCAAAGAUUUAUAUACAAUAUCAUUGAUUUACAUUAUGAAUCUGGCAAGCCUAGCAUUGCUAUGAACCCGGUGUUUGAAAAUAUGCUGAAACUUUUGCAAGACUCUUUGCAAUCUCACGAAAUUUACAUGAUCACAUGGGGACUUCGUUUGACAAUAAUGACAAACGAAAUUUUAGAUAAUUAUCUGAAACACAGACAGGUCAGAUGUUCCAAAGAUUUAGAAAGAGAAAUAGCAUUAAAAUAUGCGACUGCGGUGAACGCAAUGGUGUUAGAAUAUGUUGAGAAGAAGAUAUUUUAUUGGUCAAUGUUAGACGAAAUUGCGGGGGAGAUUAAACACAAACUUCAUAAAAUGGCUGAUGCGUUAGAGCGUUCUCCUGGAGGCAAUUCUUUGCUUAGAAGGAAUAUAGAAAGUCUAACGGUAUUAGAAUUGUCCAAGAUUAAUCCUAAUGGAAUUGAGACCGCUGUGUUGGCGGUCAAAUUGAUACCGGCACCGUGUUACACAUCGCCGCUGAUGAAUAUGGACGAAAUUUUAGCAGAUAUUUAUAAUAAUCUUAAAAAAUUCGGCAACCUUGAGGUCCAAACUUUCCUGUACAAACAGUUUGUACGGAAUGGCUUUAAGCAUACAACAUAGUCCGAGUAGAAUUGGAGUCUGCGCAAUAGACAUUUUUACUUAUUCUUUUUUUUUAGUUUUAUAUUAUUAAGUAUUGUUUUAUUGUAAAUGUAGCAUGACCAGUGUGUUACAUUCUUCAUUACCCGACUGCGGCGAAGCAAAAAGGAGGGUUAUGUGUUUUUUUUUCAAUUAGCUUUAUAGUAGUCGCAUAAUAUUUGUAAUAUAAUAUAUAUUAUAUAAGUCUUGU